UGUAAACACUGAGCGUGACAACGUCGGUUCAACCUCAAGUUCAACAGUUGAUACUGCCAUUUUCAUUUCCUAUAUGGAUGGACGACUCCAGAUAUUCGUUAUCGCUCGCAUCCGAUCUGCGUGUUCAGGAUCUACAAAACAUCGCUGCGUGGCAGCGUAUCAUGUCCCGCAAUGUCAAGGAGCAGUCACCGCGCUAUCCUGUCUCCUCCGCUUUCUCGCGAUGGUGAAGUAUGGUAGUAAUAGAGAGGUGAUAGAGUCGGAAGUGAGCGCUCUGCACGAGAAGUACUGCAGUAACGAGGAUAUACCAGCUCUCUGUUGCCCGUUCAUCACUUUCCUGAUGGCUAUGUGCUGGAGCACCGGGAACAUGGGAAACGAUGAUGCAGACAAUAAACAAAGGAUCACUGUAAUUGACCUCACUGAGGUCAGAUCGCCAAUGUACUGCUUCGUCAACGUUGCAAAUACGGGAUGCAAUGUGAAGGACGCAGUAAUUCCUGCUCCGCGUGUGCCGCUUUCUGCACGCCAAUAUCUGUGUGCAUAUACCAAAGGCGAUUUCAAAGGGAAUGGGCAUAUCAAAAAACUUGAUAACGUCAAGUUGAUCAACCUGGACACUCUGAUAUCAGUUUGGCCGAACGAGUUCAAGAAGACGCAGACCCCCCAAGAUGUUCUUUCUUCGGGGUCUGAGGCUUUUGAUUUCAAAAUUAGCGAAGAAGUCAGAAAACUCGUUGGGAUGCCUCUGUUACAAUCAGUCGCACCAGAGUUGACGACGAUAUCAAAGGCACCAAUUCCAACCAUCACCAUUACGCAGGACACCCACGACACAUACGACAUCGAUCAAUUGAACGAACUUUGGCAGGCUGGAAAAAAAUUUCAGGUUUGUGGUGCGCUGCGGGACUUAUCGCCGUUUCCCCACAACGGAAUGUCAUUGUUGCACGAAGUUGUUGAAGAGAAGCUGAGCGAAAAGAAUGGCGUGUUAUCACUUGCGGAGGUGGCGCUACGAGACGAUCAGGUUGAAGAAAUCCUGAAUUUCCAUGGGAACAAAAUCAAAAGACUUGAUCUUUCCUAUAACUCCUAUCUCACGACGCAGAUCGUCCCCAAGAUCUUGCAGCUGGCUCCGCGCUUGAGCACCUUAAUAACUCUAGGUUGCCCCUUAAUAUCAAACGACGACAUUUAUCAACUGCUGCGGAACCACGGGCAUCUGUUUCACUCACUCGAAGCCCUACUACAUUCCUCUCUCUUGCAGCCUCUUAGGGAGCUUGCGCUUGAAAAUGUGUCUUACCCCGUCGCCUUCUCCUACAUACAGGCCUCGGACACGCAUAGUCAUCCGGUUGCAUGCGCCCUACCCUUGCUCCAGUCGGCCGUCGUCAUCCGUGCCAUCCUUGAUCUUGUGACAUUCGCUCCCGACGAUCCCUCAUGGCAUCUCGAUGUGGUUCUGCAACGUGCAUCCGCCGUUACGCCUGCAACCUUGUUCUCUGGAUUCCGCAAAGCAAAUAGCGAGAACAGAGAGGUCACAUGUAUUCCGCAAUAUUCAAUGCGAGGUCUGCAGGGAGAAGGUUGGGUGUUUGCGCUGUAUACGCCACCGAGAAUUAGCUCUGGGGCCGAAGUAGAAAGAGACCGACGCCAUACGUAUGCCUUCGUACGUUUCAAACCUCCCAAGAAAGCCGGUGGGGGAGAAGUGACUGGUCUGGAUCUCAACGUCAAUCUAGAAGGCGCUGAGAUUCAUACAUUUCGGUCAUGGCUCGACCAACUCGAAUUAGAGAAUCGUCCUGCUGCGCCUGCCGAGCUAGUGCACGAGCUUGACAACCGUCUUUUGGACCUUCAGCUGGAUAUCGAUUACGGUCUGAAACCAAUGCUGGAAGAUGAUCUUCGUGCUUUUGUUGAGAACAUACGUAGAAGUUCCAGAGCAAUGUAAGUGCAGGUUAUCUGAAUCAUGAAAACAGCACGAUGGUCGUUCAGUGCUAGCCUCGAGGUCAGUCUCC